GAUCGGUAACGCCAAUUCUUUCAUGGCUGUUUCAGAUAUAGUUCGUUUUAUUUAAUUAAAUGAUGAUAUCAAACCAACAGCCGCAAACAUUUUACGAGAAAAAAAUUACGAAAAGAAAAAUCAAAGUCUAUAAAAUGCCUCCCGUUAUAACUUCGUACAGCGACGACAAAACCAAAGGGGCCGAGAUGAUUCUUCCGGAGAAAAACAACAACGAAACUUCCAGAAAACUUUCAAUUCAAGCCAGCGAAAGCGGCAAUCUAGACUCACGAAGCAGGUCCCACUCCACACAGAGCAACAGUCAAAGCGUUGCUUCUUCGAGUCCGGGUCCAAGUCCUCGGCGGUCAAAGCGACCUGCACCCGGGGCGACUUUGCUUGAAAAGGCGAUGUAUUUUCGCCAAACAUGCCCGGAGAAGUGGGCUCGGCUCGAGGAAUUGGCGGCUAAAGAAACAAGAGAAGCGCUGUUAAACCAAUAUGAGAAAUCAACAUAUCUUGAGGCCUAUUACGAAUCACUUAAAUCUGCCAGAUUAGAGCUGCAAAAACAAGAGGCAUUGGAACGUAGUAUGCCGCCCAGAAUGCACGUUCGAAUUCAAUUCAACCCAACCAAACAGUUUGAUUGUGAAUCAAAAAACGAGGACAAAUGCUCAACAUACAGUGCGAAUUCUGGGAUUUUGGGAUUUUUUUCCUCGGAUAAAAAUUCCGAGGAAGAAACCGAAUUAGUGGUUGAUGUUACGAAAGGAACAAAUAUGCUGAACAACUUCAAAGACGACGAAGAUGACCGAAUCAUACGAAGCAAAGUGAAAUGUUAUUUAAACCCAGAGAAACAAGGGUCAAUGAAAAGUUCAAACCAAUAUUUGUCACGCAACGGAAAAAGCAGAUGGAGACAUACGUUCGUGUUCCGUGGUAUCACGCUUGAAGAGCUGACAGCUAAAUCAAUCGUGUUUGAAGUGAAAGGUUCAAACAAUGAUCGCAAAGUUAUUCUUGGAAAAGCUGCUCUUGCAGGACAAAAAGCUUUCCUCACAGCCGAGGAAUACCAGUCUCGGGAAGUGGAACAUGCAUUACAGCAAGCAUUGGAUAAACCAGGAGAACAAAUCAAAGCCGUUUUGGAACUCCGCGAACCCGUGAAUAAUGAAAGCAAAUUGAGAAGGGGUCGUUCAAUUCGUAGAAAGUGAUGAAUAUCACGUUUUUUCACAACUUUUAAACCCAUUUUUUACCUGCAUUUUUAACAUUUCAGUAUUACAUGUUCUAUAUCUGCUUUAUGUAAAGAAUCUUUCUCUAUUAUGUAUUUACUCUCUAUAUUUUUACUUUUAAUUUUUUUAUUUUGCCUAUUUUUUUUACAAUAACGUAUUUCCUAAGUUUCACAUCGUUGUAUUUACCAAGAACAAAAAAGCAUACUUUCAUUUCUGAUUAUUUUAUUUUGACUAUUUUUUUUUACAAUGACGUAUUUCCUAUAAGUUUCACAUCGUAUUUACCAUUGACAAAAAACGAAAAUUUGCAUAUUGCAGAAAUCAAAAUUCCCAUUCCUAUUUUAAGUAUUUUUCGAAGAACAAUUGCUAUGGCCAGUUUCAAUAUAUAAAUGUGACGCUUUUUACGUCAUUUGGGUCA